AUGCAAGUCAUGUGCGGGUCCCUGAUUCGCCAUGUCAAAAACAGUCAGAAGAUGCCGAAGCAGCCCGAGACACAAAACCGCUGGUUCACGCUACCUCGUGAGAUACGUGAUAUGGUCUACCGUGAGGUUCUAUGUAAAAAAUACUUGGUCCAAUGGUCAGCGAGGUGGAAAAGGGGAAAGGCUGUGUUUAACGACGAUAGACCUUUAUUCUGGUUUAGGGGCAGACACUGGUCCUGGAGAGGACUCUUCUGGAUGAUUAAGAGACCACUGUUCUGGGCCGACAUUGCUCUACUCUUGACGUCACAAGCCAUCAGUCAGGAAGCAAUCGACAUCAUGUAUGAAGGAAGCUCGUUCUGCGUUUAUUUGGGGCAGCAAUCGAUACGAUGGUACCGCAUGACCCCGUUACCCCCUCAGCAACUGUUGGCUCGUAUGCAAAAUUUCGAGAUCGGAAUGUGCGUGUGUGACACCCUGGACCGCACAGCAAGCGAGACCUGGUUCAAGAAUUUCGACGGCAGUCACACCAUGCGCAACACCUGCCGCAUUUCGUUUCCCUGCUACUACUGCCUACUCGAGUUAUACGACGAUCAUGCACUCUUUUCACGAGCCUGUCGGUCUCUCGUUGGCUUCAAGGCAGUGACCAUCACGCUUCAGCUCCCCUGUGCACAUGCAGACUUAGAGGAAGAAUUGUCAGAACUCUGUAAUUCGAUGAGGGAAGGUUUCAAGACGGCGUUGGAACCUGACCUUGGGCCUGGCCGUUGCUACGAUGUUGAGCACGCUUUCUUUCUGGAGUUCCAUCCUCGCAAGUAUCUCGAAGAUGUUCAGGCAGUUCUGCCAACGUCGGCAGGGUGA